UUUUUGUUCACACAAUAGUUACACACUGUUUUUCAAUGGCAAAGCCAGUUUCGAUUGAAGUGUGGAAUCCUAAUGGGAAAUACAGAGUCAUCAGCACAAAACCCAUGCCUGGAACUCGAUGGAUCAACCUCUUGAUCGAACAGGAUUGCCGGGUCGAAAUAUGCACGGAGAAGAAAACAAUCUUGUCUGUUGAGGAUAUCAUUGCUUUGAUUGGCAAUAAGUGUGAUGGGGUGAUUGGACAGUUAACAGAAGACUGGGGAGACACUUUAUUCGCGGCCUUAAGCAGAGCCGGAGGCAAAGCUUUUAGUAACAUGGCUGUUGGUUACAACAAUGUUGAUGUUAAUGCUGCCAACAAGUGUGGUGUUGCUGUUGGCAAUACCCCUGGGGUACUCACAGAAACAACCGCAGAGCUAGCAGCUUCUCUUUCUUUGGCAGCUGCUAGAAGAAUCGUUGAAGCCGAUGAGUUCAUGAGGGCCGGCUUAUAUGAUGGAUGGCUUCCUCAUCUGUUCGUGGGAAACUUGCUUAAAGGACAGACAGUUGGUGUAAUUGGAGCUGGUCGUAUCGGAUCUGCAUAUGCCAGAAUGAUGGUUGAAGGGUUCAAAAUGAACUUGAUUUACUAUGAUCUUUACCAAGCAACGCGGCUAGAGAAGUUUGUCACAGCUUAUGGCGAGUUCUUGAAAAGCAAUGGAGAGCAACCUGUUUACUGGAAAAGAGCAUCAAGUAUGGAUGAGGUGCUUCGGGAGGCAGAUGUGAUAAGUCUUCACCCGGUCUUGGAUAAAACAACCUACCAUUUGAUUAACAAAGAAAGUCUUGCAACAAUGAAGAAGGAAGCAAUCCUUGUAAACUGUAGUAGGGGCCCGGUGGUAGAUGAAGUAGCUCUUGUUGAACAUCUGAAGCAAAAUCCUAUGUUCCGAGUUGGUCUCGAUGUCUUUGAGGAUGAACCUUUCAUGAAACCCGGGCUUGCUGAGAUGAAGAACGCUGUCGUCGUGCCACACAUUGCUUCUGCUUCGAAGUGGACUCGUGAGGGAAUGGCAACGUUGGCUGCUCUAAACGUCUUGGGCAAGAUCAAAGGAUAUCCAGUUUGGGGUAAUCCGAACCAAGUCGAACCGUUCUUGAAUGAGAACGCUCCACCUCCUGCAGCAUGUCCAAGCAUCGUCAAUACGAAAGCAUUAGGUUUACCGGUUUCGAAGCUAUGAGCACCAACGGUUGACCCCAGUCGCGGUCCGAGUAGAGUCUUCUA